UGUGUGUGUGUGUGUUGUAAUGCGGUCAGAGGAUGUCUUCCAAGGUGACUCCUCGGAGAAAGAAGACGGACCGUCUUCAUCAGUAAUUAUAAAGGAUUAAAAAUAGAGCGAGGACGUGCGGUGCUGAACAGCUGAGUUAACGGCUUCGUCCAAUGACAGAAAAUGAAAUAAUUUAUAUUUGAAACACGUUAAACAUUCGUUCUGUUUCCAGCUCCUCUAACAAGAGAGGAAUCUCUGUUUUAUGUGUGAACUGAAUAUCUUUGGGUUUUGGACAAAACGAGCUCUGAGAGGUCGUGAUGAACAUUGUUCACUAUUGUUAUAAAUAUAUAUAAUUUAUUUAAUUAAAUAAUAAUAAUAAUCUGUAUUUGUUCAGCACAUUUCAUACAGAUGUUGUAGCUCAAACUGCUGUACAUUUAAAAUAAAUAAAAACAUAAAACCUUCCUUUUACAGAUGAAAUGAAUAACAGUGGUCGGAAGAAAGCGUGCUUAUUACAAAUACAUUUUAAUUGUUAUUUAAAGACGAAUAACAACCGGGAAACGUUUUACAUUUAAAGUGUUUAAAUGCAUGAAAGGUCAUUUAAAAGAAGCACGAGUGACUCUGUGUAGACGUUCAUGUGCCGAUGAAUCCUACUGACUUCAUUUUCAUUUAUUUGUCAUGGUGCACAAUGAAAGAGGAGAAGAGGAUUAUUUUUCUGCCCCUUUACUCAAAAACAUAGAUAACAAUAGAAUGAAAUGGUCUGUUAGUUACAGUUACUUCAUGAAUACUUACAGUGAUGAGAGAGAAAGAAGAAUGCAACCACACAACAUAAUUUAAAUACAUGAAUAGUUUCUAUACAUUUUCUUUAACUGCAGACUUUAUUUACAUUAAAGAAUUAUUCCGUCUUUUCUGCACUUUUGCUAUUUAGUUUGCUCUUGUUGAUAAAAAUCACCAAAGUGCCAGAAAAUUGAUGUUGCAGCAGAAACGGACGUCCGUCACUCGCACAUAGAUAACUGUUUAAAUCACACAGAUGUCCUGCAGUUUAUAUGUAUGAACUCAUUACCUGGAUCUAUAUUGAUUGAUCAAGUCUGUCUGUUUCCCUAAAGACCGAUUCAAGGAAAUAAAACCAACCAAUCAAUAGAAGCACUGGUGAUUUGUUCUCAUGGAGCUGCCAUGAAAACUGUUGUGGUUCAGUAAAUGUCUGCCGUCAGUCAUCCUGGUGGAGGUUAGAGAGCCGCUGUCACUCAGCAGACAGGACAAAUAAAGAUUCACCGAUUCAACUUCUUCACUCCCGAUCCGGAGAACCGAUCAGAUCCCAGCAUUUAAUCAAUACACUGUGUGGAGUAGAAUUUUUUUGGCUGUAGGACUCGUGUUCUGGCUGUAGGACUCGUGUUCUGGUUGUAGGACUCGUGCUCUGGCUGUAGGACUCGUGCUCUGGUUGUAGGACUCGUGCUCUGGCUGUAGGACUCGUGCUCUGGCUGUAGGACUCGUGCUCUGGCUGUAGGACUCGUGCUCUGGCUGUAGGACUCGUUUCCUGGCUGUAGAACUCGUGUUCUGGCUGUAGAACUUGUGUUCUGGCUGUGGGACUCGUUUCCUGGCUGUAGGACUCGUUUCCUGGCUGUAGGACUCGUUCCCUGGUUGUAGGACUCGUUUCCUGGCUGUAGGACUCGUUUCCUGGCUGUAGGACUCGUUUCCUGGCUGUAGGACUCGUGUUCUGGCUGUAGGACUCGUUUCCUGGCUGUAGGACUCGUUCCCUGGUUGUAGGACUCGUUUCCUGGCUGUAGGACUCGUUCCCUGGCUGUAGGACUCGUUUCCUGGCUGUAGGACUCGUCCCCUGGCUGUAGGACUCGUCCCCUGGCUGUAGGACUCGUCUCCUGGCUGUAGGACUCGUCUCCUGGCUGUAGGACUCGUCUCCUGGCUGUAGGACUCGUCUCCUGGCUGUAGGACUCGUUCCCUGGUUGUAGGACUCCAUGUGUUUGUGUGUUUGUGUAGAUGUUCGGGCCCAGCUGGUGGAGCAGCAGCGAUGUCUGGAGCAGCAGACGGAGAUGCGGGUCCAGCUGCUUCAGGACCUGCAGGACUUCUUCAGGAAGAAGUCCGAGAUCGAGACCGAAUAUUCCCGAAACCUGGAGAAGCUGGCGGAGAGGUUCAUGGCCAAAACACGCAGCACGAAAGACCAUCAGCAAUACAAAAAAGACCAGAACCUGCUCUCUCCUGUAAACUGCUGGUACCUGUUGUUAAACCAGGUGAGGAGGGAGAGUAAGGACCACGCCACCCUCAGUGAUCUCUACCUGAACAACGUCAUCUCUCGCCUCACUCACAUCAGCGAGGACUCCGCCCGACUUCUGAAGAGGAGUAAAGAGAUCAUCUUCCAGCUUCAGGAAGACCUCAUGAAGCUUCUGAACGAGCUGUACACCGUGAUGAAGACGUACCACAUGUACCACGUGGAGACGAUCAGUGCGGAGACCAAGCUGCGGGAGGCAGAGCGCCAGGAGGGCCGCGUGAAGGGCCUGUCGGGGUCGGGCGGCGGCGUGGAGCCGGUGUUCGGCCUGCGGAUAGAAGAGCGCCACCAGAGACGCAACGCCGCCCGCAAGAUGGAGAAGAUGAGGGAGAAGAGGAAGGCAAAGUACUCUGAGAACAAGCUGAAGACUCUCAAAGCCAGGAACGAGUACCUGCUGACUCUGGAGGCCACCAACGCCUCCGUGUUCAAGUACUACAUCCACGACCUGCCCGACAUCAUAGACUGCUGUGACCUAGGGUACCACUCCAGUCUGAGCCGGGCUCUGAGGACCUACCUGUCAGCCGAACUGAGCCUCGAGGCCUCCAGGAGGGCCGGUCUGGAGGUGCUGGAGGGGGCCGUGGAGGGCCUGGACCCGGCCCGGGACCGGCAGCGUCUGCUGGGCCUCUACCCCACCGCCUUCUGCCCCCCCCUACGCUUCAGCUUCCAGGCUCACAUGGGGGACGCAGUGACCCAGAUUGCCUCCCAGCCUCAGCUCCAGGCGGAGCUCACCCUCCGCCUCACGCAGCUGCAGACCCGCCUGGCGUCCCUGAAGAUCGAGAACGAAGAGGUGAAGAAGACCUGGGGAGCGACUCUGACGACCCUGCAGGACAUGACGGUGCUGGAGGACUUCGACGUGUCCCAGAGCUUCACCCACAGCCCGUCCUCCGAGUCCGUCAAGUCCAGCGUGUCAGACGGAUACUUGAACAAACCGAGUCUGGCCAAGAAACGAGCCAAUCAGCAGGAGACGGAGCUCUUCUACUUCACUAAAUUCCGCGAGUAUCUGGAGGGAAGUAAUCUCAUCUCUAAGCUUCAGGCCAAACACGACAUCCUGAAGAAAGCUUUAGCAGAAGGAUAUAAAGCUGAACUCCUGACCACCAGCCGUGGGCGGAAGAACUCCCACAGCAAACACCAGGAUUCAGCUAAAGCCAUACCGCUGCUUGUGGAGAGCUGCAUCCGCUACAUCAACCUACACGGUCUUCAGCAUCAGGGCAUAUUCCGGGUGUCGGGAUCUCAGGUGGAGGUCAACGACAUCAAGAACUCCUUCGAGAGAGGUAACGACCCGUUGAUUGACGAGGAGAGCAACCACGACAUCAACUCGGUGGCUGGAGUGUUGAAGCUUUACUUCAGGGGUUUGGAGAACCCGCUGUUUCCCAAGGAGAGGUUUAAUGACCUCAUCUCCUGCGUCCGGAUCGAGAACAUGUACGAGAGGGCGCAGUGCAUCCGGAAGAUCCUGCUGGGCGUCCCGAGGGCGACGCUGGUGGUGAUGCGUUACCUGUUCGCCUUCCUCAACCACCUCUCCCAGUACAGCGACGAGAACAUGAUGGAUGCUGGGAACCUGGCCAUCGUGUUCGGCCCCACCCUGCUGCCCACGCCGGACACGCUGGACCAGGUGGCCUGUCAGGCGCACGUCAACGAGGUCGUCAAGACGGUCAUCCUGAACCACGACAACAUCUUCCCGGACACCAAGGAGCUGCCCGGCCCGGUUUAUGAGAAGUGUAUGACCGGAGACCAGUACUGCGAGAGUCCGUUCAGCGAGCCGGGGGCGCUGGAGGAGGCCGAGCCCGACGGCGGCACCGAGACCCAGACCAGCGACGAGGAGGGCGAGGGUGUGGAGGCGGUGGCGAGGUUCGACUACGGGGGCCGGUCGGGCCGCGAGCUCUCCUUCAAGAAGGGAGCGUCCCUGCAGCUCUUCCAGCGAGCGUCACAUGACUGGUGGGAGGGGCGGCACAACGGCAACCGCGGCCUGGUGCCUCACCAGUACAUCGUGGUGAAGGACAGGCCCGACGUCAUGUCGGAGACGCUCAGCCAGAAGGCCGACAGCGACGGAGGAAGCAGCAGCACCGACGACAAGCGGUCCAGGAGCGAGCUGAGCUCCCCGACCGACAUCAGACCGCCAGAGACCUACAACAGGUCCGUCAUUCACAGGAGGAAGCGGACCGACGGUUUGUUCCGCCGCCCCCUCGGCCGCUCCGACAGCCACUGCCACGGUAACGGGGGGGUGAUGGAGCGCAGCUCGCCGCCGGUGACGGGUCACUUCAGCCCCCGGGAGCUGCUGCUGGGGCGGAGUCAGGGCAUGACUCCGCCCCUCGACAGCCCCGAGCGCCGCCGCCGCUCCGCCGCCGCCGUGACCAUGACGGUGAGCCGACACGAUUCGCUGCGGAGGCCGGAGGACACGCCCAUACGGCGCUCGAGCAGCGGGCAGCACGGCUUCAGUGACUCCCAUCGCUCCAGAGCCCUGGACCCAGACACACUGGCUCAGGACAUCGAGGAGACGGUGACGGUGGCUCUGGGGGAGUUGAGGCAUGGCUGCCGGCCGGCCCCCGACGUGGUGCUGGACACUCUGGAGCAGGUGAAGAACGGCCCCGCCACCAGCUGCUCCUCCGAGUCCCCCAGCCCCCACAGCACCCCCAGCACCCCCGGGACCCCGAGCCCCCUGAGUCCUCUGAGCCCCAUGAGCCCGCUCCCCGGACCUCCGCCGGGACCUCCCAGACCGGCAAACCCUUCCCCCGACACCCUGGGCUCCUUUAAACCGGUGGCGGCUGCCCGCAUGGGGGCUCCGCUGCGGCCCCCCGCCCUUAAGCCCAAACCCACGGUCCCGCCCAAGAGCAGCACCCCGCCGCUGCCCCCGCCGCUGGACAAAUCCUGCACCAUGUGAGCCAAAAUUCAGGCCUACCCGGGCCCAAACCGGGCCAGAAGAGGAGAUCAGGGUUUCUAAUCAACAUGAGGGUAGAAGAGUAGGACAGAGGACAAAGGGUUUAAUGUAGUAAUACACGAUAAUAUAGGACAUGACCUAUGAUAUGAUAAUCUACGUGUUGUCAGGUUGGUGUGUACUCUCUUGGUGUGUAGGAGUUUACUUUCUCCAUGUAUUGAAGCAUUUAUCAGAGGUUAGCUAAAAGUGCAGAGACGAAGAGACACAGGAGCGAGCUGGUAGAGGGGGGGACGGGGGGGACGUGGGGAGUGUAGUUCAGCUCCAGUAAAAAUGUAGUUUUCAGUGACGUGAAUGUUGGCUGUGCUGUCAUGGCGAUAGGCUGAUCUGCCAAAAAAAAACAAAAAAAGCUGCUGUUUAUAAAACCGUGUAGAAACAGAAGUGCAGACGCUGCUGAGGAAGACGAGGAGGAAGACUAUUCUAACGACCGCUGUCAUUUAUUUCUAUAGUUUCUUCUGCUGCUAAGCUCACGAGCACCUCAAACACAUCCAGUUAACGAAUGUCCGACGACUGUUCAUCUCUUGAAUGUGAGGCGAGCAGACGCGCUCGACCUGUUUUAAACAGCCUUCUUGUGUUUUAGUUGUUUUUAUACAUCGGGUGGAGCGGUGAGGGGAGCUUGGACAGAACGGUUAUUUCUGGGAUGGGAGUAUGACUUUGUUCUUGUUCGUUGGUGUGCGCGUGUGUAGAAGAAGAAGGUGUGUGUUUCCUGCUUGUAAGUGCAGCAGCACUAGAAUAGUGAAGUAUGA